CAGCAAGCCGGUGGAUCCUAAUCUCGGUGGGCCGGCCCGGUGCCCCAGGCCGGGCUGGUUCUGACAAUACUCACUCCCACGUGAUAGCGCGUACCAGCGGCUUGGGGUGCUGGCCGCAUUGCUCCUGCAUCUGACGCCAAAGCUGACAAGCACGGCGGUAUUCAUGCCUGCAACUAUCGGCAUGGCAUAUGCUUUCAUGCUCAGCCCUCUGGGCAAUACCAGACGACUAGCAUCUCUCAAAUGGCUAUGCUUCUCUAACAACGACGGGCGCAGCAGUACACACACCAUAACCGACAUGGCGCCCAUCCUCCGGGAGGCGUCUAGUCUCGAGACUCUUGAAUGCCACGGCUGGCGACAAACUUCGAUAGAGACCAAACCCUUGAGUGCCGUCUUGGGUUGGAUGAUGCCGGCCGACACUGCGCUGUAUGGCCUCACCGAGCUGAGCCUCGUCGACAUUUGGCUACCUUUCGAGUAUUUUCAGGAUUUGAUGAAACUCGUGGGGCCGCAGCUAUCCCGCUUCACCAUCCAGCAACAUACCGUGGUGUUCUUCAGUCUGGCCGCCGUCAUCGCCGAGCUGCAGCCCUGGCGCGGAACCCUUCAGAGCCUGGCUUACCGCCUGAAAGAGGACGCCUUGAAGGACCAUCCUCACCAGGCCCCGCCCGUCGCGCACCUCCUGCGCGAGUUUGGCGCGCUCGAGCGGGUGGACACGCACGUGCACUGCUUCGGGACGGAGGAGGGCGCGCCGCCCGAGGACACGUUCGCGUCGGCACUCGCGCCUUCUCUGCGGCAUCUCCGGCUGCGCGGGGACAUGAUCGACAACAGUAUGCCGCUGCAGGGGUUGCUGGAUGCCGUCCGCGUCGGCGACUUCCCGCGCCUCGCCGAGAUCGUGGUCGACCAGUGUCCCUCGGUCAGCCCCGUGGACGGGGUCACGAGCGAGAGCGAAGGCGAGGCAAAACUUUCAGCACUGGCACUUGCCUUCCGGGAGAGAGGAGUGCGCUUGGUAGCCGACGAGGCGCCGGAGACGUACUAGGUGUCAGAGGGUUAUUAGUGUGGGGGGUUGAGAACUCGCCGUCACAGGUCCGACUGUGGUGGCGCCACUGCUUGGGCCUGGCCGAGCUGACGACCCGUCAGUGCCGUCACAAGUCUUCAGUGGAACUCAACCUGCCGCAUCACAGCAAGGAGCUAGGCUUGAUCUGAACCACAUGUCGUUGCUACGCCUGUCUUGUUUGCUUCCAUACCUCCUUGAGGAUGGAUGGCCAGGGCUUCAGACCGAGAUUGCAUGAUCCCAAUAUGCAGAGGCCCAGCGUUUGCUUGCGGCUUUGGUGAGCAAAU